CAGCGCAUGCCGGUUUUGAAGAGCCUAAUACUAGAAAAUGGCAUCAAAAAAGUCAUCUAUAAAUGAGGAUGACUCUUUCAUAAUCCUCGGCACGUCUCCUGGCACCAGUUUGGAUCUUAAAUGUAACGGAGUGGAGAAUGGCCAGAGCCUGGAUAAAUCCCAACUAGAUGAUGCCUUGAAGGAUUUACCGCCCGAGGCAAGUGUGGCGUUCAAGGCCCAUUUCCAACUUGAGGACGGUCCUUCCCCAGCCAGCGUGAUGGUGGCCAGUACCAUAAUAACAGAUGACAAAAGCACAGAGGAGCUACAAAAACACUUUGGCGAGCUCCUCGACGAGAAUAUUAUACUGAAGGAGACAUUAAAACAUAACAACGACUCUAUGAAGGAACAGUUCUUGUUGAUAGCGUCUUGCCAGGAAGAUAUGCUGAAGACUCAUAUGAUGCAUAAGGAGAAAUUCGACGAGACCAGAGAAUUGGUUAAGAAGCUCCGUCAAGAAAAUAAUAAGCUAAAGCAAGACAUUACGCGCCUAGUCGAUGGCCCAAUCCAGAGUCAACCUAGCAGUACUGGGACAGAGAAGUCUGGUCCGUCAUCAGCGCUGGAGUUCGUUACAUCACCUGAUGACGAUACUAUCAACAAGUUGACAGCGCAGUUGGAUUUAGUCGAAAAGCAACGAAGACAGGUAAGCGCGUCAGACAGCCUAGUUCAAUCACUAGGCGUAGUGGCGAGUCUGCAUGACUACAAGCUGGAACGGACGACAGCAGAACAGUUUAAGAACGGGCUUGGAGAGAUGAAGCAGCAACUGGAGAAGCACCAUAGCAUGACUCUGAAUAACAUUGGCCAAGUAAGAUGUACUCUGACCAUAUUCGAAGGCAUAUUUAAGGAAUACAAUGAACUGCUCAAAAAGGUGUCGACCAAUAAGGAAACUAAACUAGCUGACGGCCCGAACGUAGAAGCACUAACAGCUGCGUUAGUCGCUCGCGGCCAGGAGAUUAACACACUCAAUGCCGAGCUUAAGGUACUGAGAAGUGAGAAGGAGGACACGGAGCUACUUAAGACGCAGCUUGAUUUGUACAGAAGUGACUUCGAAGCAGAGCGUGAGGCUCGUGAAAAGAUGGCUUGCCAAAAAGAGAACGUCCUCACGGACUUAAGGAACGUUCAAAAACGCAACCAAGAAUUAGUGCAACAGCUGGAGGAAAUUCGCAAACUGAACCCGAACUUGGUGCGCCACACGACGCAGCCGCAAGAUCGUCGACCGGCGCCAGCGGCGCCCGGAGCCGCGUCCUCCGGCACGACCACUGCCCCGCGGAGGCCCGCCGGGAACGGCACCAACAGCGCCACUGGGAAUCUGGUGAAAAAGAAGAAGCUGGCACAAACAGGGGGGAGUAAGGAGACCACGCCGCCACCGCUACGCUUCGACUGUCCCGUCUGCGACCAAUCUUUUAAGUCUUUGAUAUUGUUACAACAACAUGUUGACUCUUGCUUACUGUAAAAAUAGCAAAUGUAUUUUUCCAUAGUUUAAUUAUACCCCAUCCUCAGUAAUAAAGUGAUUUAAAUCAAAAAAGGAAUUUUUGGGAAACUGACUUAGUUAUUUAAAAAAAUUAUCUGUGUUACCAGCCAUACGUGCCAUUUGACUAGCACCAACUAAAUUAUAUUUGAAAUGAA